AUGGGCCCCUGUACCGCCUCCUCAUGCUGCUGCCAGGCCCGUAAUCUGCCAUGGGCCCCCGUACCGCCUCCUCAUGCUGCUGCCAGGCCCGUAAUCUGCCAUGGGCCCCCGUACCGCCUCCUCAUGCUGCUGCCAGGUCCAGAGUGUCUCAUGGGUCCCUGUACGGCCUCCCAUUGCUGCUGUCUCCAUCGCCACACUCUGCCAUGUGCCACUUUCAGGUCUCCUCACACUGCUGGUGGGUUCCAUUUUGUCAUAGGGUGCUGUAUGGCCUCCCAUUGCUGCUGCCUCCACCGCCACACUGUGGCUCCACACUCUGGUUUUGGCCCCGUGACUGCCCAAAUGAGUGAAGUGUGCGGUGAUUCUAAGAUCGACGGCACUCAUCUGCAUGUCAUACUGACUGACAGUAUUAUUUCUCUUCCCCAGCAGACUCCAAGGGCAUUUAAAUUAAAGGUACAGUGUUAUGCACUAAUAUAA